CAUGACGUCAGUGGUAGUACGCAGCCGCAGCCGAAAAAGUGACGAUGGUCCUGAUCAAGGAAUACCGUGUGGUGUUACCCUGUACUGUGGAGGAGUAUCAAGUGGGACAGUUGUACUCAGUAGCACAGGCCAGUAAGAAUGAGACGGGUGGAGGAGAGGGCAUCGAGGUCCUCAAGAAUGAACCCUAUGAGAAGGAGGGCGAGAAAGGACAGUACACACACAAAAUCUACCAUCUGAAGAGUAAAGUCCCUGCGUUUGUCAAGAUGAUUGCUCCUGAGGGCUCCCUGGUCUUCCAUGAAAAGGCCUGGAACGCUUACCCUUACUGCCGAACCAUUGUAACGAAUGAGUAUAUGAAAGAUGACUUCAUCAUUAAGAUUGAGACAUGGCACAAACCUGACCUUGGCACAGUAGAAAACGUGCACAAGCUGGACGCGCCCACAUGGAAGAGUGUGGAGGUGGUGCCCAUUGACAUUGCAGAUGGAGAACAAGUGGCCCCUGCUGACUACAAGGCAGAGGAGGAUCCUGCUCUGUUCAAGUCAGCUAAGACUGGGAGAGGGCCCCUGGGACCUAAUUGGAAGAAGGAGCUGGUUAGUAAGGCUGAUUGCCCGAGGAUGUGUGCCUACAAACUGGUCACGGUCAAGUUCAAGUGGUGGGGCCUGCAGAACAAGGUGGAGAGCUUUAUUCACAAGCAAGAGAAGCGUAUCUUCACUAACUUCCAUCGCCAGCUGUUCUGUUGGAUCGACAAGUGGGUGGAGCUGACUAUGGAAGACAUCAGGCGGAUGGAGUCGGAGACACAAAAGGAGCUGGAGGAGAUGCGUAGGAAGGGCUCUGUGCGAGGCACGAAGGCUUCAGACGAGUAGCUGCUCCAGGUGUAGGUCUGAGGGAGGGUGUCUUCGCAAACACGGUGAUGUACGGGGAACCAGUGCUGCCGAUGCUGAAUGAGACGGAGGAGGGUUUUGAACAGCGAUGAAGAGUGAAGGUGGUGAUGAAGAAUGUGAAGCGGGCUCCCUGUGUUCUACCUUUACCUUACUGAUUCAGGAUGUGGAGGAUGAGGGCUCUGCUCCACUCGAUCAAUAGACCAGCACCCUGACCUACCGGCACCCAAUCAUAGACAUUCUAUCCACAGAAUAAAUAAUUUAUAGAAAGUGACACGAUCCUAGCUGAUAAGGCUCCAGUUAAUUUUGAUCACCUGGGCUAAAGACGAUAUCAAGCAACAAUGUCCUCAGUAAAGCCAGCUACCACCUCCAUGUUGUUGAAAGACUAGUCCCUCUAUCUUCUCUUGAUAGAUGCUUAGAGGGCUACUUGGUUGUUGAUAGAGAUGAAUAUUUUUUAAGCAUUUAAUUGGCAUGAUUGCAUUAUGGCAGGUGCUGGUCUAAGUAUUUUGUUAUUCCAGUCAAAGAGGAUCGUUCCUCUGUGGCCUGUUGCCUUUUUAGUUUACCUUUGUAUUCAUGAAUAUUUUCUCCAGAUCAUUCCUUUCAAGACAAUGUCCUCUCUCUCUUCUCUCCUCAGUCCUCUUCUAGCUGUUCAUAACACUGUGGUUUUCCAUUAGCUGGCGAGAGAGAGCCUGUCAGUGUUUUCUCCAUAUACAUGUCCCUUCCUGCCAUGGCCUUCAUUAAGAGAUUACUGACACCCUUGGCGCCUGUGCCUAUCCUAAUCUCUCCCUCUGCACUGCAUUUUAUUAACGCCAACAAUCUUGUCCACACAGGUAUUUCACUCUCACUCCAAUGCAAAUUAACACAAACACACACAGUACACACAAGCACAAACACGCACGUGUAAACACAAGCACGCACACACACACACUCACAGGUGUGAAUGCCUUUGCGGUGACUGAUCUGGCCCAAGCUCACACUGGGCAGAUCCGUGCAGGCGCCUUCAAGUGAAGGGAAGUGUCUGUUGGAGUGUUUGGCGCUCUCGCUGUUUUUCCCACACUCCCCAUCCUCCACACGCUCACUCACACUGCUCCUCCCUAGCGGAUGUCCCUAGAGAGAAACCGCACUGAAAAACAGUCACAGAUGGUGCUACACCCCUCCAGUCUCUGUCACGCACUGCUCACCCCACCCUGCUCCCCACCACACCACCACCACAGUAGCCUGCCUGUCUGCCUGCCUUAUUUCUGUGGUUCUCUGGUACGGAAUUAUGCUGCUGGUCGUAUCCUGCUGAGCAGGGGCAGCAGGUAGACACACACCCAGCACCACCCCGGCCCACACCAGGCCACCACCCCGGCCCACACCCAGCACCACCCCGGCCCACACCAGGCCACCACCCCGGCCCACACCAGGCCACCACCCCGGCCCAUACAAGGCCUCUCCUGACUGGGCCUGUUUACAGAGAGAGCAGCUUCACUCUCUACUCAGCCCUACUCACUCAGCACCACGCUGUGCCUUACUGUACCCAUACUUCCACAUUACAUACUGUACCUCCACUCUGUCAGCUACCCCUCUACCUCCCCUUCCCCAGACUGGGGGUCUGCCUUUGGGAGCUAGCUAGCACCACCAUGCCUUUCCUUCUGGCUCCACACUGGCACCAGUUGGUCUUUUAGGCUUUACUACUGGGACAUUGAUCAGCAGGGUAUUCAUCCAUUGUAGAGAGGGGGUUAGAUGAGAGGCUUGAUCAGUUUGCAAUGACUUUAUGAACUCUUUUUUUUAACUGAACCUCACUAAGUUCUCAAGGUCCUUUUACAUAUGGCACUAAUGUACUGUAUGUUUGUUCUAUGGGCUGUGGUGUGGUGAUUAUUCCCUGCAGUGAGACUGUACUGAUUUAGACGCGACUCCCCAGCAGCAAGCCAGUCAGACAGUGCCAUGCUAAAGCCUGAAUGCUGCUCUGUGUGUUUAAGCACAUAAGUGCCUUCAUGUUAGUGUGUGCAUGUCAGUGUGCUUGUGGGACAAUAAAGAAUCAUGUGUAUCAUAACUUGUCAUUCAACUUCAGCCAUUCUGCCUUUUUUUUAUAAACAGACACUCUUGCUGCCAAGACAGGUGGAAUAUUUUUUAUGAAGAGCUCAGUCUUGAUAGUAUAUUUUUAUAUUGUGUAAGCCUCACAGGGGGAUUGUGAGAACCUUCUCAGUUAUGGGUUUAGUGCUCACCCAAAGACAAUGAAUGGAUCUGGGUGAUAUCAUUUGUUUACAUGCGUUGUUCCACCCUAGCUCAACCACACACUGCCCAGGGGCAAUACUGACUCACCAGCAGAUAGACAACAAAGAUGGCUGAACUCUCCUGUACCCCAUAACUGAGAGGAGAUAUCAUGAGUACCCGUGUCAGUCACUGACAGGACAUGAAAAGUCAAGGACAUAAUGGGACUGAUGAAGUCCAGAUUUCCCAUCAAUUACUAUUUGCAGUCAAAGAAACCGUCUGUAAGAGAAGAGUGUUGAGUAUGAUCAAUGCCUUAAGGUCUGUCUACAGCCUCUUGCUUGUAUUGAAUAGAACGCUUAUGAUAACUUAUGAUGCAACCGAGCUUGUGUAUCAGAGGACAAUGGUUUACGAUCUGUACUAUAGAGACAAUGAUGUGAGGAAAGGACAGAGUGGAGGUAGUCUUUACAAGAAAAACUGUACAGUAUGAUCAUGAUUUAUUAAAUAUACUGUUACAUUUCUAGAAGAAUAAAAAAAAUGCUUUUAAAUGUUUCUGAUCAUCUGUUGAAAUUCAGGGGACAUGGUAGUGAAUGAAUGUCAUUUUGUUUAGCCUUUUCUGUCUAGAUCUUUGUGCCACGGAAAGUCUACACAACGUAUCUAAAUACCUAAUAAAUUUCAACACAAAAUCGA